UCCCCCCGCCGCGCCCUCUCCCACCCCCUCGGCCCCGGCGAUGGCGGCGGGCGGCGGGCGGGAGGCGCCGGGCGCCCCAUGAGGGAAAACAAAAUCUGGGUGAGGGCGGGAGUCUUCUCUGAAAUCCCAUUUAAUAACUCGGUGAUUCGAAAGUUUGCUCGGCGCAGUGCCAGGGGCGGCUGCGAUCCUCCGGCUCCGGCUUUUUGAACAGCGAGCUGUCAGUUCUUGCAGAGCCCGGCCUUAAAGCACGAACUGCAGUGCAAAUGAGCUUCAAGGCAUUCUCCAAAAUCAUUACUCUGAUGUCACACCAGUCCAGAGAAGCUGAUUUAACCCUAUUUGAUCAGAGUAAAGACUGACAGAGAAGUGAGAAACUGCCCAGAAGACAACCAAAAGGAGACAGAAAUUAGAAAAAACUCCAGGCAAUAACCCCACCAUGCAACCCAACUGCGCCCAUCUCCACAACAUCCAGGSCGUUGGCGGUGACUCUUCCUCCUCACCGAGGCUGUCAGGAGAAGGCUCCUGCCACCCCUGCUCGGGGGAUGUGCGCAUCCAGCUCAGCUCCACGGCGGGGGAAUCCAGGGAAAACUCGAGCUCCCGGCUCUCCAGGCCGGGCUCCCAGAGCCGCUCCCACGGACACGCCCAUGGGGAAGCAGCGGGGAUCGAGGAGCCCGCUCCGGACCCGGAGGAGCAGGGCGGCAGCUCCCUGUCGGAGCUGCGGUACCUCCUGCAGUGGCUGCACAAGAGCCUGCCCUACCUCCUGAUCCUSUGUGUCAAACUCAUCAUGCAGCACAUCUCUGGCAUUUCUCUUGGAAUUGGGCUGCUAACAACUUACGCGUAUGCAAACAAAAGCAUAGUAAAUCAGGUUUUUCUGAGAGAACGGUGCUCCAAGUUGCAGUGCACUUGGUUACUACUGUACCUAACUGGAUCAUCUCUCCUCUUGUAUUACACCUUCCACGCUCAGUCCCUGUAUUACAGCUUAAUCUUCUUAAGCCCCACUGUGGAUUUUAUGAACUUCUGGGAGGUACUUUGGAUUGUGGGAGUCACAGACUUUAUUCUGAAAUUCCUCUUCAUGGGCUUGAAGUGCUUUAUUCUCCUGGUGCCUUCUUUUAUCAUGUCCUUUAAAUCCAAGGGCUACUGGUACAUGCUGUUAGAAGAACUCUGCCAGUAUUACCGUAUGUUUGUCCCCAUCCCAGUUUGGUUCCGUUAUCUCAUUGCCCAUGGGGAGCUGGACACUGCACUGGGAUGGACCUUUGGGAUCCUGCUGGGCCUUCUCUACCUCAUCCUCAAACUGUUGAGCUUUUUUGGACAAUGGAGAAACUUCAGGCAGGUCUUACGGAUAUUUUUUACACGCCCACACUAUGGGGUGCCAGCCAGCAAGAGACAGUGCUCUGAAUCUGAUGAUAUUUGUUCCAUUUGCCAAGCUGAAUUUCAGAAGCCUAUUCUGCUGAUCUGUCAGCACACAUUUUGUGAAGAAUGCAUCUCUUUAUGGUUUAAUAGAGAAAAAACCUGUCCACUCUGCAGAACUGUUAUUGCAGACCAUGUUAACAAGUGGAAGGAUGGAGCCACGUCUAUGCAUCUCCAGAUUUUCUAAAGCUUGUCAAACAACUUGGCUUCCAGUUUGUUUGCUCACACUGAGGCUUUUCAGUUUACUGCAGAUUAAAUUGUAGGUAGCACAAGGAAAGAGUUUGCAAAUUCCACAUACCAUGUAUUUAAAACAGUGCAGAAAAUGGUAACUUGGCCUUUUUUUAAGUAGAGAAAAUUGAAGUUUUUGGAAUUAAUGCAGAAAAACCAGCAUUGCUUCUCUUGAGAUUCUCAUAGGAAACAGUCAAAUCCUUGAAAUGUGCUGCAUUACUUCUUAAUUCAACAUUUUAUUUUAAAAGUUUCAGUAGGGUUCCAGAAUGUACUAAACUGUAUUUAUCCUUCUAACAUGACUCAYCCCAAAAGGUCAACCUACUGAUUUUAUUAAGAUCAUGAGAAAAUGUUAUACCCUGGACUACAGUGAGAAUUGGAGCUGCUUGUCACUCUUGGCAUUCAAGAUCUUUAAUGUUUGCCCAGUAAAUGAGAGAAA